AUUCCUGUGUGUACAUUCCUGGAAAGCAUCCUAUUCCGGAAUGUCACUGUUUAUGUCCUAUAGUGUUCUCUAUCUACUAAAUCUUAUCAUCUAGUCCUGCCCGAGGAUCCAAUAAGACAGAGAGAGAAAGAGAAAAGAAGGGAAAGAGAGGGAAAGAGAAAGAGAGAGAGAGAACGCAGAGAGCGCAUCCGUUCGUCGUCGCAAGAGGUGUCUUUUCGCACGUCAAGCUUCAUUUCUCGAGUCGCAAACGAGAUUCCCCUCAGACUACACCUUACCAUAAUUCAUCUAUUUCCCGUAUAACCGGGCAGCGAGGACGGAUGCGGCGCGCAUUUUGUCCGGAUCGCGAUAGACAGGUAAUUGAACCCGGGUUGAACCCGGAGCGUGAACUGGAAAUGUGAGAGACUUCAGAGCGAUAGCGGGCUCCGAGAGACGACAAACCGCGCAGAAUGGCUUUUCUAUGUCCCGUACGCAUACGUCGUGGAAAGAAGAAAAAACCUGGGGCACAUAACUUUAAUUUGGAGAAAGACUGUGUUGGGUCAGGAGGCGCAGGACUUGGUUUGAGUACCAGGGUAUCAUUGCCCCCUGGAAGGAUAACUGGAAGUGCGAGUAUUGAGACUCUUGUAAGGGUUGGCAUUGAAAAGGAGAAUGGACUGUCUCCAGAUAGCAAAAUGGUCAUUGUACAUGAUUUUACUCCCUGCGUCGACGACGAACUUCAAGUCAAAAGGGGACAGGUAGUGAAUGUCCUUUACAGGGAAAACGAUUGGGUAUACGUAAUAGCGGCUGAUACUCGUAUGGAAGGCUUCGUGCCGCACUCGUAUUGUGCACCGUAUACAUCGCCACUCGCGGAAUUGGCACUGGCUAAUAAUGUAAAGAAGAAGCUGCCACGAUCCAGCGAAAACGAUUGCGAUCUUCUUAACACAGGCCGUUUGCAGGAGACGCAACAGACCGAUACCGGCUCGGCAUCAGAUUGCGAAAGUCACACGCGAAAUAAUAUUACCACCGCGGACCUCAACGUCAAUUGCUCCAAUAUCACGCAAUCUCAGAAUUCCAUACAGACUAUAUCGUCUCAGCCAGAUGUGCAUCCUUUCUUCAAGGAUCCAUCAGCUGGAAGAUAUAUUGUCCUUUACACAUUCGUGGCGCGGGAUGAGAAUGACGUCAGUGUUGAAAGGGGUGAAUUCGUGACAGUACUGAAUCGCGACGAUCCAGAUUGGUUUUGGGUGCUUCGACAUUGCGACGGUAAUGAGGGUUUUGUGCCGUCCGGUUUUGUCUAUCCGGGUCACGUUCUUCAUUCUUACACGACUGCCACUACAACUGCCACUACUGUCACUACGAAUACACCAUCCACGGAAACUCAUAGCCCAGGCAAAAGUAUGGGAAGUAAUAUAACGGGAGGUGGGGAAUCAUUACAACAGAAAGGAAUGCGAGAUUUUCGGGACGAGGCAACUGGCACAGAAUUAGUGGUGCUUUACGAUUAUAAGGCGCAGGCGCCGGAUGAUUUAUCGGUAAAACGGGCCGAUUGGAUAUACGCGGAUUUGGGAAAUCAAACGGUAGAAGGCUGGCUUUGGGCCUACGCGCCCAAGACUCGCAAAUACGGUUUUAUUCCUAAGGCAUAUGCACGACCACCUGCCAUGACUAGCUUAUGAUUGGAUUUGAUUAUGAAAUAUGAGAGAAGCCUGCUUUUAGUUUUUUAAGUUGGCAAUAACAUUAUUGUUUUUAUAUUCUCAUUUCUGUAUUAUAUAUCGUCAAGAGUAUAAAGAUUGAGUAAUAACUAUAUAUAAUUUAUAUUUUAUUUAAAUAUUCAUUCUAUUUUAUUUAAAGAAAACAGCAUACAUACAUUAUCGUACCAGUUCAUCAUUCAUUUCUAAAAAAUACAGAGCUAGAAGAUGUAUGUUCCUAAAUCUCCCAGGACCUAGAAAAAGCAAAAGUGUUGGAUCUAACGAUCUAACUAAACCGAUACUAGAUUCCAGACACUUGGCUAACUACAAGAGUGAGGAGAUACAACAUCCCCAUGAUUUAAGUGUCGUCAGACUAUACCUUAAACUGUGCUACUAUUAAAUAUCUACUUUUCAGAAGUUCCAAGAAAUGUAAAAAGAAGAGUAAAUGUAAUAUUAAUUGGUCUAAAAAUUAAAGGACAUUUUUAAAAGCUAAGCAAGAAAAAUUGUUCGAACAUAAUCUGUUCAAUUUUCUCAUUUCUUUGUUUAUUUUUUUUAUAUUUUUCUUUUAAUGAAAUUAGAAUGGGUAUACACAUUCUUGAAACAACAAUACUUACAAAUUAAAGGACAAAUGUAUACUUUGCGCACUAAUACAAUGUAACAAAUGGA